AACAAAGUCGCCGGAGGUAGCCACGAUUCUUGCCGGAAGUUGCCCCGAAAAGUUAAAUGAAGAAAACAUCCCCUAUGCAAAUCAGCCCACUUCUUCAAACGGUUUGCAAUUUCGUUGAGUAACGAAGGCGUUAUGGCCCGAAACCAAGGGCUAGUACAGUGGUGACGGAAAGUGACGAGUUUUAAGAUUUUCGGCGUUGUUUCCGCUUCUGUUCGUUCAUUGAGCUUCAUCAUGUUGAUUUCCAGUGCGUUCUGAGCUGGAAGCUGGGAGGGCAUCAUUUGUCUUUCAGGUAUAUAAAGAAAGGCUCUAAGGCGAUUGAGAAGCACAUUUUGAUCAGAGAGGCGUCUUGAUAAACGCCCUUCUCUAUAUUUUCUCUCCCAUCUUCCUUCAUUUCUUCCGAAUCCUCUUUCUCCGAAUCUCAAUAAACCGCGAAAAAAAUGAGAGAGUGCAUUUCAAUCCACAUCGGUCAGGCCGGUAUCCAGGUCGGAAAUGCUUGCUGGGAACUUUACUGCCUCGAGCACGGCAUUCAGCCCGAUGGCCAAAUGCCAGGUGAUAAGACCAUUGGAGGAGGGGAUGAUGCAUUCAACACCUUCUUCAGUGAAACAGGAGCUGGGAAGCAUGUACCCCGUGCUGUCUUUGUUGAUCUUGAGCCAACUGUUAUUGAUGAGGUAAGGACUGGAACCUACAGGCAGCUUUUUCACCCUGAACAGCUCAUCAGUGGCAAGGAGGAUGCAGCCAACAACUUUGCCCGUGGUCAUUAUACAAUUGGCAAAGAGAUUGUUGAUCUGUGCUUGGACCGCAUUCGAAAGCUUGCUGAUAACUGUACUGGUCUUCAAGGGUUUCUUGUAUUCAAUGCUGUUGGAGGAGGGACUGGUUCUGGCCUUGGAUCUCUACUCCUGGAACGUCUCUCUGUUGACUACGGAAAAAAAUCAAAGCUUGGUUUCACCAUUUAUCCUUCCCCACAGGUCUCUACUUCUGUGGUUGAGCCAUAUAACAGUGUCCUUUCUACACACUCCCUCCUCGAACACACUGAUGUUGCCAUUCUGCUUGACAAUGAGGCCAUUUAUGACAUUUGUCGCCGCUCCCUUGAUAUCGAGCGUCCCACUUACACCAACCUCAACCGUCUCAUUUCACAGGUCAUCUCUUCACUGACUGCUUCUCUGCGAUUUGAUGGAGCACUGAAUGUUGAUGUCAAUGAGUUCCAGACCAAUCUUGUCCCAUACCCAAGGAUCCAUUUCAUGCUUUCGUCUUAUGCCCCUGUUAUCUCAGCUGAGAAGGCCUACCAUGAGCAACUCUCUGUUGCCGAGAUCACCAACAGUGCCUUUGAACCAUCAUCCAUGAUGGUCAAGUGUGAUCCCCGUCAUGGGAAGUACAUGGCUUGCUGUCUCAUGUUCCGUGGUGAUGUGGUGCCCAAGGAUGUGAAUGCUGCUGUGGCCACAAUUAAGACCAAGCGCACCAUACAGUUUGUGGACUGGUGCCCUACUGGAUUCAAGUGCGGCAUCAACUACCAGCCACCCACAGUUGUUCCCGGAGGUGACCUUGCCAAGGUGCAGAGGGCUGUCUGUAUGAUCUCCAACUCAACCAGUGUUGCUGAGGUCUUCUCCCGCAUUGAUCAUAAGUUUGACCUCAUGUACUGCAAGCGAGCUUUUGUCCACUGGUAUGUUGGUGAGGGUAUGGAGGAAGGUGAGUUCAGCGAGGCACGUGAAGAUCUGGCUGCCCUUGAGAAGGACUAUGAGGAGGUUGGUGCCGAGGGAGAGGAUGAAGAUGAGGAUGGAGAUGAUGUUGAGUACUAGAGAGUCAUUGCUGGCUGGCUCUCUUUGUUUAUGUUUGUUCCGUUUAAUAUCUACAUUUUUUUCUCAUUUCGACUGGAGUUGAAGUUUAUUUCAUUUUCCCCAAUGACUAUUAUCUUUGUUUGUGGUCUGGCUAUGACAAUCUUAUCUUUUAUCAGAUUACUUUAUAUUACUAUUAGUUACUCCCUCUCUCCAAUGUUAAUGUUCUCAUUGUGUGUUAGGAUAUUUUGAUUGAAGUUAUUUUCAAAUCAUUUUAUAUGAAAAGUCGUAUGGAAUUCAAAAAUAAAAUUUAUAUAUUUAAAAAUUAUAUGAAAAGAUUUAUAAAAUCAUAAGUGACAUGAUUAUAUUAUUUUAAUAAAUGCGUAACGAAAAU